UAUAGUGUUCAGUAUCGUUCGCACUGUCAAAAUAUUACAAAGCAAUUUUUCCGUCAUAUUUGUUGUAAUUAUUUCUGUCUGUUUCGACGAAUAAAAAUACCAACAAACGGAUUAAAAUUGUGACCAGAGUAAACAUAUUGAAUUAAAGAUAAAUAACAAUGAAAUAGUAGGAGUUUUUUUUUAAAUUGUAAACGUGUGAGAUAAACGCGUUGAAAAGGUCAGAUUGGCAUCAGCGAGAGAAAAAGACAGACAAGCUAAGGAAAAAGAAGAUCUCUUGUGAGUCGACAUAACAUAAUCGAAAAGUCAUUUUAAUUUCGUUGGUGCUACAAAUCAAAUCAAACGCAGAAAAAAAUUGUAAAAACACACAGAAUGAGCGAGCUAACGCCAGAAGAGAUGCGAGCGCGUCGCUUGCGUCGUCUCGGUUUGAUCGGUGGAGAUAUAUUGACAACAGCCACAUCAUCAACCGAUAAUCCAAUUGCAAAUACAUCAGAGCUAAGCGAAAAUGUUGCCAAACCAAUGAAUACUGCCGCAAAAAAUCUACUAAAUGCAGAGACUGAAGAGCACGAUGAAAAUGAACACAAACAAAAAUUACAAAAAUUUGACAACGAAGGUAAAAUGGAAAUUGUACUGAAUAACAAUGAGCUACCAGCGACACGACCACCACAUUUACCCACAUUGCAAAUGGUUAUGGAGUCCAAGUCAAUGUCAAAUCACUUAACACAACGAUCUCGUUUGUUGGAUCAAUUUGAGAAGCAACGCAUUGAAAAUAAACUAAAUCAGAAUUCAACGUCAUCUUCCGCUGAAAUCGUCAUACGAAAUGAUGUGGAAAUGAAAACGUCCGAUGAUAAUACUGAAAAAGCCAAAUCAAGCGAUGGUGAAUCUUGUAUUGAAAAUAUGGAAACGGAUGAAUUACCAUCAGCAAUCGAAUCAUCAUUGGUGGCCAAAACUAAUCUCGUCGAUCGAGUAUUGUCACUAGAGGAAAAAGAGCGUGAAGCGGAAAUUUGUUUGUCGCGUAUUUUGGAUGCAUUUUGGUAUGAUAAUUGCGAAGGAUCAAUUAUCGUUUCCGAAACGGCCGAAUUCUACAAGGAUGUGGUGCUCGAUGAGGGCAACAAAAUUCAAUUUGAUGACUUGACAUUUCAAAUCAUAACCGAAGUUGUUGUUCAGUAUUUUGAUGGUAAACGCAUUGAUUACAAGGUUAGCGCAAGCGAUUCGAUGAAUAAAGGUUCGUCAUCGUCAUGGAGUGUGACAAUGUCGAACGCAUCAGAACGAAUGGAUACAAGUGAAUCUGGUUGUUCCACAACGCCCAACUUGAAGCCACACAAUUUAGCCGACCAUGGUGCAUUGACUUAUUUAAUUCAGUCAUAUUUACGUUGUUGCGUUGAACAAGAACGAUACAAUAGCACAAGAAAUGUUCAAAAAUUCAACUCAGUUGUAUUGGAUGUUAUUGCUGAAGUGAAAAAACAACUAAUUAUCAGCUCAAAAUUGCUUUUGAAUGGCACUAUGGUCAAACAAUUGAGAUUAAGUACACAUGCACAAACACAUCGAUCAAUUCUACUGAAAAUGAUGUACGACGAUGCAGUACCGUCUGACUUUUUAAAUUUAUUGAUCGAAGAAUCGUAUAAAGAGCCACAAAUUUUUGACAAAAUUUUCGGCACUUUACUACAAAAUCUCUACGUCGAUAUGCAAAGUCGUGUGGUUAGCAAGGUUAUUUGUACAUCACCAAUUAACAUAUUGAAACAAUUGCUUGACAUCACGAUCAAUGGAAACAUUCGACCAAUAUGCAAUUUUGUCACGAGCUUACCAAAUUUCUGUCCAGUUUUGUGCACACAAACACAGGGCCGUGAAAUUGUGAAGGCCGGCUUUAUGGGACCAUUCUUAUCGUUGUCAAUAUUCACCGAAGAUAAUCCAAAACUUGGAGAGGAUGUCGACGAAAAUUGGGAAGAAACAUGUGGCAACAGCCUAAGAAUGCAUUUGGACCAAAUGCGUGGCCAAUUGCAUGCAAUAUUCCACAAUUUAGUACGUAGCCCAGACAAUCGUACACAGGUGAUGAAAUAUCUUUCUCAAGUUCUGUUGAGCAACGAAAAACGUACACAAUUCCAUUCGGAAGAAAAGAAACUUGGACGUGAUGGAUUCAUGUUAAAUGUAAUGGCAGUACUUCAAAAGCUAUCAAUCAAAAUAAAAUUGGAUCGCGUCGAUCCAAAGUAUCCGUUCAAUGCCAAAUCACUGGUAACAAUUGAAAAGGAUACAAAAAUUCGCUUUGAUGACUCCGAAUAUAAGAAUUGGAUCUCAUCAGCAAUUAAUACUCGAAGCACUGAUCCAAAUCCACCGAAUUUUUCGACUGAAUGCUGGUUCUUGACAUUGCAUACCCAUCAUUUGGCCAUCAUGCCAGCAAUCCAACGCUAUAAUAAGCGAUUGCGUGCAAUCAAAGAAAUUCGCCGCAUGAUUGAAGAAUUAAACAACACAAAGUCUCAAUGGGAAAAUUCAAUGCAUCGUAUGCGAAACAAUCAGCUCAUCGAACGGUUUUCACAUCAAUUGAAAAAACUAAAUAAAGCAAAAAAAAGCUGCGACGUCGGCUUAUUGGAUCCGAUUAUCAUCGAAUCCUGUUUGAGAUUCUACAGUUCGGUGUGCGAAUUCGUUUUGUAUCAAAUGGAGGGGCGUGAUGUAAAUGGACUGUUUAUGACAUCAAUCUCACCGCAACAGCUUAAACCAGUGGCAGUAUUAUCGGCAUUGCCUGAAUGGUAUGUCGAAGAUAUUGCCGACUUCAUUCUCUUCAACAUGCAAUUUCGACAGGAAAAAAUGGUGACACUUUUUGAUGAUUCAAUCAUCACAUGGCUAUUAACAUGCGUAUGUGCACCACAGUGUAUUCGUAAUCCAUACGUUACGGCAAAAUUGGUUGAAGUGCUAUUUGUCAUAUCGCCAAGUGUUCAACCCAACUCAGGUCUACAGAUCUCGGUAAUGAAUCAUCCUCUUGUUCAAACUGAUCUGGUUGGUGCAUUAAUGAAAUUUUACACAGAUAUUGAAACCACAGGCCAAAGCACUGAAUUCUACGAUAAAUUCACGAUACGUUAUCACAUAAGCCAUUUAUUCAAAACCAUGUGGAGUAACCCAAUGCAACGUCAGGUGAUUGUGAAUGAAUCGAAAAAUGGUGCACAAUUUGUUAAGUUCGUGAAUAUGCUGAUGAACGAUACAACAUUUUUGCUCGACGAAUGCCUUGAGUAUUUGAAGCGUAUUCAUGAAACGCAAGCACUGAUGUUGGACGAAGCCGGAUGGAAUGCACUUGGUACGGAAAAUCAACAAUCACGCCAACGCCAAUUGUCACAAGAUGAACGACAAUGCCGUUCCUAUUUGACGUUGGGCAAAGAAACGGUUGAUAUGUUCCAUUAUCUUACGAUCGAUAUCAAAGAGCCAUUCUUACGUCCGGAAUUGAUCGAUCGUUUGGCAUCGAUGCUAAACUUUAAUAUGCAUCAAUUAUGCGGACCAAAAUGCAAAGAUCUUAAAGUGCGUUCACCACAAAAAUUCGGUUGGGAUCCACGGAAAUUACUUAGCCAACUGUUUGAUAUCUAUCUACAUUUGAGCUGUGAUCAAUUUGCUGCAGCUAUUGCCGCCGACGAACGUUCGUUCGACAAAGAAUUCUUUGAAAAAGAAGUGGCCGUUCGUAUUAAAGAAUUACAUUUACGAUCGUCUAUUGAAAUCGAACAGUUUCUUGACUUGGUCACUCGGGCACAGGAGAAAUAUAUUGCCAAUCAACAAAUUGAAGACGAUUAUGCUGAUGCACCAGAUGAAUUCCGCGACCCAUUGAUGGACACAUUAAUGACAGAUCCAGUGGUUUUACCAUCGGGCAACGUUAUGGAUCGUUCGAUUAUCACACGACAUUUACUAAAUAGCAGCACCGAUCCAUUCAAUCGGCAACCACUUACCGAAGAUAUGCUCAAGCCGAACAAUGAACUACGCGAACGCAUAUUGGCUUGGAAGCGUGACAAACGCGAAAAAACCAUUCAACUCAAUCCAAUCGAUAAGUGUUAAGAAUCACACAUACACAAAUUUCAUGGAAAUCAAUUAAGCGUUUAAGAGUUUAUGAAAUACUUAGAUUAAAAACUACGUGUACUUUUUUGUUGAUAUAAAAAAAAUGUCAGUCCUGUACUACAAAAUCGAUUCUAAUUCAUAAGUUAUUGCCAGAUACGUUUGAGAGACAAGCAAAAGUAGUUAUUUACAUAAUUAUUAAGCGUGCGUAUGCGCGCGAUUCAAUUCAUUCAACGUAAAAUAACUGCGGUCAUCCGAAAAACACACACGUUAAACACAACAUAAGUUAAGCUAGAGCAAGUUAAACUGAAAUUCGAUUUAAAAAAAAAAUUAAACCUCAUUUAUUGUUGUGUGCGGCUUCGAAAAGAGUUUUAAACGACUUUUCGAAUAUCGAUAAUUGCAAUCAUUUACAUUUAUAUACAAAAUCUUUAUUUCUAUUGUACAACAACGACAACCGAGUUUAGUUUUUGUUUUCAUUUGCCCACGGUGCAUGAGAUCAAAAACAACACAUUUAUUAUUCCCAAUUUAUUUAUAUUGUAAAAAACAGAAAAAAGGGAGACACCAAUCGAAAAAGAAAUUCAAAAUGUUUUCUUGAAUGUGGCUGAAUAAACAUAGUUAAUAAACACGAA